GCCAGUUUUCAACUGAAACUAUGGGGCAGCACUUACCUCUGUUUGACAGUUCCCUUGGUUUAUCUCGAAACUGUGCGUUUCCUACCGUCCGAAAUUAUAAAUCAUCAUGUAGCCCCUGGUUUUGGUUUUGCUCUCUCCCUCCUUCUCGAUCCCCACUUUUCCAUGUGGCUAUUUAUAUACAAAACAAUACCAAAUCUCCCACUCCUGUUCCUAGAGUCAGCCAUACUGUACUGACUUGUUCUCCAUCUUUCUCUGAUCUCUUCAGUUUCUUGCUUGUUUAUUCCUGUUUGGUUUGGUUUCUACGUCUUAAGAGACAUCUCAUUCUCUUUCGCAUUUCAACAAACACCAUCCUCAUGACCACUCAGAUCAAUUAUUAACCCAGAAAAGAAGAAGCUAGCUGGCUAGACUUGUUUUUCUUUUUCUGUUGUUGUUGUUACCAUAUCUAUCUUUCUAUCUGGGCUGCUGCAGUGAAUUAUUCUUGUUGUAGAUCGGUCCAUCAGUUUGUGUUCUGUGGUGUUGAAAGUUGGACAGAGAUCGAUUGAUAUGGGAAUAGAGGCUGGUGGUUUGGUAGAGCAGGGUGGCGAUCGUCAUCACAACAAGGUUAAUGUUGUUGGGCAUCAUCAUGUUGGUUAUAUGAAAAAUAAGGUUAUGAGGAAAAGAAAGUAUUGCAGCAAGAACAGGAAGGUUAAGCAUUCUUCUUCUGAUUCUGCUCUGCAACGACUCUUUGUUUCGUGUAGAGACGUUUUCAAAGGCCUUGGAACACUUCCUUCGCCUCACCGUGUGCAGGAAUUGUGCAACGUUCUUGAUAAAUUUAGGCCUGAAGAUGUUGGGCUAAGCAGUGAUUUGCAGUUCUUCAAGCCUGAAACUGAGGUGAAAGGCACUCCAAGGGUUACAUAUACGACCAUAUACAAGUGCAAUAACUUUUCGUUGUGCUGUUUCUUUAUUCCAGCAACUGGUGUUAUCCCUCUCCAUAACCAUCCCGGAAUGACUGUUUUCAGUAAGCUUCUACUGGGCAAGAUGCACAUCAAAUCAUAUGAUUUGGUUGAUCCUAUCAAGAAUUCAGAUGCUUCUCAAGUGAGAUUGGCAAAGUUGAAAGCUGAUAGCGUAUUCACUGCCCCUUGCAAAACAUCAGUACUAUAUCCAACAACAGGUGGCAAUAUCCACGCCUUCACCGCCAUAACUCCUUGUGCGGUGCUUGAUGUGAUCGGGCCCCCCUAUUCUAAAGAAGAUGGCCGGGACUGCUCAUAUUACAAAGAUCAUCCCUAUGCUUCGUAUUCUGCUGCAAAAGUAACUGAAGAGGAAGGUGAUAAUUAUGGGUGGUUGGAAGAGAUUGAGAUGCCUGAUAACUCAGAAAUGGAUGGAAUCGAGUACGGGGGUCCGCAGAUUAUUGACACCAUCUAGUUUCAUCUCUUUCUUCUUUUGGUCAAAUGAAUACUUCAGUAAAGAGGCCCCCAAGGCCAGCAGAAACAAGGAAAGACAAGCCAACAAAAGAAGGCUCAAGAAAAGCACAGGUUAAAAAGAUAAUGCUGGUUUUUGUAGAUCGGUUGGGAGCUUUCAGUUCAUUUGAUUUAUUAUUUUUUGUUCUUAAUGUAACAUAGUUUUACAUACUAGAUAUAUGGAUCAGCACUACGCUACCUUGUUGGCUCUUUGUUUUGUAAAUUUGCUAGAAAGAAGACCAUCCGAAUAUACUAGUAAUACUACGAGUCGGCAAUUUUACUUGAAUCAGAACGUAUUAACCAACGAGGCUUAGAUCAAAUUGUAUGGAUCGAAGAAGACUCCAAGUAUUAGAGAAGCUAUUUAUCUAGCCAACACAUUCCCAUUGCAGGACAUUUUCAUUUCUUCAUCAUCACCUCUCUUGGACGAAAUGACCCUAUUUCGGAUCGGACAAUGAUAAAUAUUCUCUCUCAAGUCCAGUAUCUCUUUUUAAUUGGUUGUAGACCAGCAGAAAGACCGAAAAACCAGCUCAUAUUGCUGCUUCGUUGGUCCAUAACGGGAUUCAGCACCCUCCUUCCCCCCUUAGCUGGAGUUUUUGUGUUUGAUGGGUUACCUGAUCCAUUUCACUUGUAGAGGCUUACCUGUUCCACGUCACUUGUGGAGAAGUAAGUUAUUUGUGUAGUUUUGUUUGUUGUCUCUGUCAAGGGUUCUUUUUCUUUUUCC